AUGGCGGCACAGGCGGGUGCAGAGCGCACAGCGCAAGUGCGGAUACAUUUGAAGACGAACGACGAGGAGAUCACGUUGUCGCAGGAGACAGGUCCGAUCCUCGUAUCGACUGGUACGCCUCGUAUACUUUCCCCUUCAUGGUGCAAACAAACUUUGCCCAUGAAAAGGAAUUCCUUGCCAGGAAGCUGACACGUCUUUGCUUUAGAGCUCAAGCGAUAUCAACUGUCUACUCUAGUCAACACGCUGCUAGAGACAGAGAAGCCAAUCCCGCUCGAAUUCCUCAUCAAUGGACAAUUUCUCCGGACUUCGCUGGACGAAUUUCUCACACAGAAUGGCAUAUCUGCAGAAACCACCCUCAGCGUCGAAUACGUCAAAGCCCUCGUGCCGCCUCUCCAUGUGGCGAGUUUUGAGCACGACGACUGGAUCUCCUCGGUGGACGUGCUAUCAGGAUCGGCCCAGAGCAGAAUCUUAUCAGCAUCUUUCGACGGGAAUCUUCGCGUUUGGAAUCUGAGCUCUCAGAUCCUCGCCACGGGCGAAUGGCAUCGCGCGAGACCCAACGAUGCCAAAUUCCUCUCCAACUCGCAGGUUGUCUCCGCGGGCAUUGAUCGAUCCGUGAUGGUAUGGGAUUUCCAGGAUUCCGCAACAGGGACCGAGAAGGGCAUGAUGAGACCAAAACUCGAGCUCUGCGGACAUAAAAGCGCCGUCGAAAGCCUAGCCGUCGAUGCAACCUCUUCGCGCGUCUUGUCCGCUUCGCAAGACAACCGAAUCGGCCUCUGGACGACCAAGAAAUCCGAAGCCCCCGCCGCUCCACCCUCCGCUGCCACCGAACAUGCAGCUCCCAACAAGCGUCGCAAACUCUCCGGACCAGCAAUCUCGGUCCCCCAACGCGGAGCCCUCGCCAUGCUGGAAAGCCACCGCGACUUCGUCAAAGCCGUCACCUUCGACCAGAAAGACCACACGGUCGCCUACAGCGCCUCGCAAGACCACACGGUCAAGACCUGGGACCUCCCCACCGCCACAUGCGUCGACACCCGCACCACCGGCCAAUCCCUCUCGGCCCUCUGCCACCUCCCGGAAACCUCCCUCCUCGCCGCCGGCGGCGCAGAACGCUACAUCAACCUCAUCGACCCCCGCGCCUCGGCCACGAAAGUCUCCACCAUGAUCUUGAAGGGCCACACGGGUUGGAUCAACUCCCUCAGCAGAGACCCGCAGAGGGACUAUCAGUUCGUCUCCGGCAGUAACGAUGGGACGUGUCGGAUCUGGGAUCUGCGAUCCGGGCGGCAUGAGGCUUCGGGCGAGAAGGUGGGACAGGCGGUCUUUGUGAUUGAGAGGGAGAGUCAGAGUCAGAAGGGCGGAGGGAAAGCUGCGCAGGGCGAUGCCGCGAGGGUGUUUUCCGUCUGUUGGGAUCGGGACGUGGGGAUUGUGAGUGCAGGGCGGGAUAAGAUGUUGCAGAUUAACAAGGCGCCGUGA